CUACUGAAACUCAGAAGGAUGAGAACCACCACCAUGCUUCUCGCUGUUACUUUGGCGCUGCUUGCAGUGUGCCAGGCCAGACCAGCGUAUGAAGAAUAUUGUGAAUACGAACACCAGGUUUGGAAUUUUUGUGGGACCCGCCGCCUGUCCGGACAAUUGUGAAAACUAUAGGAAUCAUCAUAAAUUCUGCAUAACGGUGUGUGUACAGGGCUGCUUCUGCCAGAAACCAUACAUCUACCAAAAAGGAGAGUCCGGCCCCUGCGUCCUCCCGCAGCAAUGUUCACAAGUGUACACCGAGUACUACAAAUAAAAUGCGUGUAAUGCCAGCCGGACAGUGGCACAGACCCGCGUGUGACA